AUGGAAAAUGUAUCAGUUAUGACAGUGUUUGUUUUGACAGCAUACACUGAAAUGGAAGAUCUUAGAAAUUUAUACUUCACACUUUUCUUGCUGUUGUAUAUUUUUAUAUUAUUUUUCAAUUUAAUUAUUGUCAUUGUUAUUUACAUUGAGAGAGGUCUACACAAACCCAUGUAUUUCUUCAUCUGUAACUUAGCAGUGAAUGGAAUGUACGGCAGCACAUCUUUAUUGCCGUCAAUACUUGUUCAUUUAAUGUCUCAGACUUAUGAAAUAUCUCUGACCUGUUGUCUACUACAGAUAUUUUGUUUGCACACAUAUGCCUCAAUUGAAAUAGCUAUUUUAGCAGUGAUGGGCUAUGAUCGGUAUAUUGCCAUUUGUUACCCAUUACAAUAUCACACCAUCAUGUCUCCAAGAAAAGCAAUUAGGCUUAUUGCAUUCUCUUGGGUUUAUCCCUGUUUUUGUUUUGGCCUGUAUUUCGUAAUGACUGUACAGUGUACAUUUUGUGACAGGUUCAUAGAUAAAGUAUAUUGUAUUAAUUUUGCAUUAGUUAGACUAUCUUGUCAUGACACGUCCAUUCACAGCAUUGUUGGACUGGUAGUAACAGUUUUUUUACUUAUUCUUCAGGUCCUCAUGAUACUGUUUUCUUAUGCCCAAAUACUCAGAGUCUGCCUGCAUGCUUCUAAGGAAUCUCAAGCCAAAGCUAUUCAAACGUGUGCCCCACACUUACUGGCUGUACUAAAUUACGCUGUAGGAUGCUUAUCUGAAAUUAUGCAAAAUCGGUCAAAUAUGAGUCAUGUAUCAUAUAGAGAUCGCAUUUUUAUGUCUCUUUACUUUCUGAUAUUUCCACCAAUGCUUAAUCCUGUCAUUUAUGGAGUAAGCAUUCAAGCCAUAAGAAUCCAGAUAUUUAAACUUUUCAAAAGAAAGAAGGUAAUUUUUUGA